GCCACGGAGAGAGCGCGAAGCCGAGCCACGCGCGUCAGACUCCAAGGCUGAUUUUCUGCUCUUUUGAAAACCCCCGGAACGUGUUGGAAACGCCAUUUGUUUUACUCCAAACCCUCGGACCUAUUUCGUUGCGGUGGUUAUUGAUAGCGGCACUAAAACUGUCAAAUACCAGUUACCGGUGAAGUGUGCAGCGAAAAUGAAGCGUUUUGGAGUUGAAUGCUUUUAAAAAAUAUCCAGUUAAUACAGGAACAUAUGAUCACUGUUUGUCUUGUUUAUGCGUUUGGAAUACCGUUGCGAUAAUUUCAGAAUUUAUCUUGCGCGUCGAACUGGAUCGGAACUAUGAAUAUGACAGGAAUAUUAUUUGUAUUUCAUGAGUAACGGAAGACAGAUAACCUAAAUGACCAGCCCUCAGUUCAAAACGCAAUAUGGUAAUUAAAUCCAAUAUGACAGUGGACUAUGUUCAUCCAAGCUAAAAAAGUUAAAUCAGCGAAAGGAUAAUUAAACACCUGUCGACAGGGCAUUCUUUUUAGAGGUGUAAAUACGCGUAAUUUAGUAUCUUGCCGGCAUGGUGCACUUGGUAAACUGCCUUUUGCUGGGAUAUUUGACAUUGAAUCUCCGGAUAUCUGAUGCCCAGGGAGAGUACUGCCACGGCUGGCUGGACAAUAAUGGGAAUUACCACGAGGGCUUUCAGUGUCCGGAGGACUUUGACACUAUGGACGCGACCGUUUGCUGCGGGACUUGCUCGCUGCGGUACUGUUGCGCGGCCGUGGACGCACGACUGGACCAAGGGACCUGCACGAAUGAUAGAGAAGUGGAGAACACUGAAUAUGCUGCACAGCCCGUAUACGUGCCCUUCUUGGUGGUGGGCACCAUCUUUGUGGCGUUCGUGGUCUUCGGCUCACUGGUGGCCGUGUACUGCUGCACGUGCCUGCGGCCCAAGCAGCCGACCCAACAGCCCAUCCGCUUCUCCCUGCGCAGCAGCCAGGGUGAGACCAUCCCCAUGAUCCCGACCCCUGGGGCGGCUCCGGCCGGCACGCGGGCCCCCUCGCGCCAGUCCAGCACGGCCACCACCAGCUCCAGCAGCGUGGGUGGGGGCAGCUCGCUCCGCCGCUUCUCCCUGGGCCGGGCCGAGGCUCCGGGCCAGUCAGGCGGCCAGCAGCACGCACCCCAGCGGCUCCUGCUGGCCUCGUCCUCCUCCGCGUCCGCCCCGGUGUCCCUGGUCCCGGCCCAGCCCGUGAUGUCCCCACCCCCUCCGCCGCCGUACUCGUCCCCGCAGGGUGGCCUCUUGCACCCUCUUCCGCAUGGGCACGCGCAGCUCCAGCAGCACCACCAGAGCUCCACCUUCCUCCUCUCCCAGCAGUAUUUCUUCCCCCUGCAGACGGAACCCUUCGGCGGGAGCAAGACCUUCGCCGACUUCAGCCAGAGCUGAUCCAGGGCUUCAGCCCAGCUUCAGGGUGGAGAACAGAGAUGAGCGGACACUGCAGAGGUGUCGUGCUGAAAGUACAUGGGAAACGCACAUAGAGAGACACACACACACACACACACACACACACGCACGCUCUCUCUCUCUCUCUCUCUCUGCACCUGAACUGGAGUAAGUGUCAGGCCUUGUAGUGGAACUGCGACAUGGUUCGGUUCUCACUGCCGGAUUUGGCCAGA